AUGGUUACUUCUAAUAAACAGACGGAUAAAAAAGUUGUAAAAAUGACUGCACAAAACAAUACUGCUGUGGUUCCACAUAGAACCCUUUUGGGUGAAGUUAAUGAACACAUUACAUGCCCUCUGUGUCGCGGAUAUUAUAUUGAUGCUACGACGAUUGUCGAGUGUUUACACUCAUUUUGUCGAUCUUGUAUUAUAAAACAUCUUCAAGUAAAAAAAUAUUGUCCUGUGUGUGAAAUGAUGAUUAAUUCGGCGAAACCUAAUAUAAAACUAGACAAAGCGCUCCAAGACAUUGUAUACAAGUUAGUACCUGGGCUCUUUCAAAAAGAAAUGGAACGUCGUCAGACUUUUUAUGCCUCUCGACCGGGUCCAGCAGCAUGUGCAACUCCUGAGCAACGGGGAGAAGACACAGAAAGGAUUAUUUUUAGUCCUGAAGAUGUUAUUUCCUUUUCUUUAGAAUAUUCAGAUGUGACUGAUAGUGACAGCAUUUCAAGUAAAUCAUCUGACAGUAAUGAGCCUCAGCUGCCCACUACAGCUAGAAGGUACUUACAGUGUCCUGCAGUUGUAAAUAUUAGCCAUCUCAAGAAAUUUCUGAGUAUGAAGUUUGAUAUUGACAGUACUCAGUUUGCCAUUGAUAUCCUAUACAAAAGGGUUCCAUUACCAGACUACUAUACAUUAAUGGACAUUGCUUAUAUUUAUAAUUGGAAGCGUAAUGAACCUAUGAGAUUUUUCUAUCAAAUCAUUGAUUAUGUUGCUAUUAGAAAUAGGCUAUUUGAUGUCAACAGAAAAAGUACUCAGAGUCAAGAUAAAAAGUCUAUUCCUGCUGUCCAAGAAAACGCCUCGGCUACCUUAAAUGAUCACCUAUCUGAGACAUCAUCUGGUACUGAUAGUCCUAUGCCAGAUGAUAGCAGUGUUAAUAAGGGUGCUGAAAUAGCAAAAAAAGAAAACCAGUUAGAAAAAAUCCAAACCAAAGAGGAAACACAUAUGAAUAAAAGGAGUACUUCUCCACCAAAAAAGAGUGAUGAUGAGGAUGAAAAAUCACAAUUUCUCAACUCUUUUGAACUUACAGCUAAGAGCAAUGCAAAGUCACCCCCUAAAACUAACCCAGAAAACUUUAUAGGAACAGAAAAUAUUUCAAAAUGUUCUACAAGCCCUAAAGUAGAGGACAGUUUAAAAAGAAAAUAUCAGUCUAAUAUGAAUUUACCAGAAUUUAAAAAAGUAAAAAUAGAGUUGGAAAAAGCCAAAAUCCCUGGAGCUCAAUCUUCAAACAAUUUAGGUACCAAAUCUGGUAAAUCUGAUGAAAAGGUUGUAAAAAAUAUUGAAUUGAAUGUUUCUUUAGAUAAGGGAAAGACAAUAGAUAUAACAAAACCAAUUCAAUCCACUUCAAGUUCUCAAGCUUCAGGUUUAUCAAGGGAUAAUAAGAUGAAUUCAAUCACAUUGGAUAAACAACCAGAAACAGGGCAAAAGAGAGCUAUUUCUGAAGGUCAAGUCAAUUUGACACCCAAACGGAAACCUGAACAUAUAACUUCAUUACAAAAAACUGUGUCUCCUCUAAAGAUUCAACUAUCUAAGACAGAGGCUCCCACACUAAUUAGUAAUAAAGCAACUGAUACACCUAAGAUGGUUACAAAGAAAAUACCAGAUUUAAAACCCAGUACACCUAGUACAGUUGGUAACAAAACACAAAAUUUAGGAAAACUACGAAUGGAUUUACUAGCCAAUAACAGUGAUCCAACAAUUGACAGAAGUAAAAUAUUAUCCCAAGUCAAAACAUCAGCUUCAUCUGGUGCUCAAAAUACUGGAGAUAAUCUCAAAUCUUUGUUUGAUUCUUGUAAAAUUAACAUUCCCUCAUCCUUAUCAAUUACUUUAACAGAUCAGAAAAGCCCAUCAGAUUUACCUAUUUCAGAGCAAAAGAAAGGUCUUAUCAAUAAAAAUCUUGCUAAUGCCAAUAAUCUUACUGGUCAUAAAGUACCAAGCCCUCCAGUCCAUAAUUAUAUUGAAAUCAAGAAACUUCCUGAUACAGACCCUAAAAAAAUUAACAAAUCUGAGGGAUUUGAUUCUAAGCCAAAUUUACCCAAAUCAGAUAAUACAAAGCCACUUAAAACAAAUGAAACAUCAGCUAAAGGUCCCAUUCCUAAUCUCAAACCAAUUGCUGACACAAAAUUAGCUAAGCAGACUGCGAAUCUGGGAUCAGCUCCAAUAACCUUUCAACAGACAUUUGAGCAGCAACUUCAGUCUUUACAAAGUGAUUCUAAAAAUAAGGUUCCAAAAAAUAAAUCUCAGGUCCCAAAACUUGUACCAGCAACCCCAAAAACAUUAAGUGCCGCAAAUAAAUUAAGCAACUCUAAUAGUAAAGCACCGACUGCUGGACCGACGGGACUUCCUUCGGGUGAAGUCAAGUCAACCACUGCAUUAGACUUAUCAACACCUCAUACUAUUCAAAGUCAACUAGGUCCUCAACAAACCAAAGCAUUUGAAACAAUGCAAUCAAUAGCAAAUCUGGCUAAAAAACAGAAUUUGCCACCAAAGUCUACUCCAAUAACCAUGUCUCAGAAUAUGUUCCCUUCCCUUUCUAGACCUACAAGUGCACCCUCUCCUUUAAGAAUACCUCCAGGUAGUAGCCCUAAUCAAAUAAAGCAAGAAAAAUCCAUUGCAAAUAUACCUCAAAAUAUAACCAAUCUUAGACAGGACUUACCUAAACCAAUUAAUACAAUAAAGCAAGCAAAUCAAUCCCAUAGUAAUACACCUACUGGUGUACCAUCUCCAAAUUAUCAAGGGAGCCAACCGUCAAGUAGCUCAACGCAGCCAUCACCUAGGUCUCAAACCCGCUCACCAAGUUCUUCACCUAAAUUAGUCAUAGCAGAGGAAAAACAUACAAGCAACAUAUUGGAACAAAGCCACUCAAAUUUAGGAUUUACUUCUCAAUUGUCAAGCAUGUUUGCAUCAAAAAGUGAAUCACAUAAAGACUUGCAAAGUAUGGCUAAGCCAGGAUUAAAACCAUUAAAACCUUUAGUACCUCCAGGUAAAAUACCAGGUAUCCGACAACCCAUCACACCUACUUUAAAUGUUAAUACUCCUAUGAGUUCUCAAGCAGAUUAUCUGUCUCAACCUCUUAUUUCCCAGGCUUUAUUUAGGCAUCAAAUGGACAUGCAACAUGCCUGGUUAAAAGCUCAAAGGCAGUUUGAUUUAUAUAAAAACAUGCCUAACAUGGCUCAUCAAAAUCAAAAUGAUUUUAACAAUAAAGAUAACAAAAAUGUAUAA